AUGGAGGAUCAUGAAGGCGAACGUCGUCCAGAUUUAAACACCUUCGACUCUUCCGGCACCAGCUCUGUGGCCGAACACGAGGAAUACGUCGACGUCGCAGAUCCCGACGGCGACAGCGAUAACGAAGGCCUUUCUUCUCGUAAUUUCUCCGCCGCAAGCACAGUCGCGGGCGAUGCUUAUGAUGAGGUGACGCCGCUGUCCAACUACUCGAGCUACGCGUGGUCCUCCGCUGCCGGGUCCUCCAACAGUCGAUCGGCAGGAGGUCGUCUUUCCAACUCAAUGGCAUCACCAACAAGUGCAUCAUAUGAGGUACUACCACCAUUGUCGACUGGAAAUGGAGUGCCAACGCCUCAAUCUCGCUCGGCUCGGCCUGGGAACGUACGACAACCGAGCAACGCAUAUGCGCCGGCUCGCAGACCACACCAGUAUUCCAUCAAUACCGGCACCCGACCGCGGAACUCUUCCUCACAUCGCUUGAUAAAGCGCAACCCGAAUGCAGAAUACCGUGCCCAGGAGAAGGCAUAUGUGCAGAGGAUCAGGCAGGACGUUCCCGAGAGCGACUUAUACGGAGAGAUUCCUACGCCUAGUCUAGACUAUGAUACUGGGACUGAGUCCGAUGAGACUUCGCCCACAGGGACAAAUUAUGGCGAUUACGAUCCUCCAGAGGUCGACACACUUCUCUACUAUGGAAAUGAAGAUGUGGAGCCGUCGAUCGAGGAAAUGAAGGUGCCCGCCAACCGGGAGCGGCUGGAGUGGCACGCUAUGCUUGCAAACGUCCUGACCGGCGAUGUAGUCAAACAGGAGAAGAAGCGACUGAUAGGUGGUCUGGAGCAGCAAGGCGCGGAUGCACUGAAGGCGGAGAUCUGGACAGGCGUGCGCGCCAAAACCUGCGGACGGACACUGCCCCACCAGAAACGCCUGAUCGAGGAUGGCAGGGUUGCUGCGACAGCGACUCUGGAAGACAUCUGCUCUUUCGCCAUCAAGGGUGAGGCUGAGGUUGGAAAGUCGCCACUAGAGCAGGUCCAUGAGGUGGUGAAGAAAAUCGAAAAGCUUGAAGCAUUGUACCCGACUCGUCAGGCCUUAGAGGAGGCGCAUCCGAAGGCAAAAUCGCCAGCCUAUCAAGAGACUUGUGAUGCUGUGAUAUCGUGGUUCAAUACCACAGAGCUGCUGAACACCGAACUCAUGAUUCUGCAGAAGUGGGUGGGCAAUCCGGAACUCGAUUUCACCAAGCCACGAGAACAUCCCGACGGAGAGGAACAGACCCAUAUUUUCGAUGAGAGCUCCUUCAUUGAUCGUGUGCUCAAGGAGGAUGGUCUCAAGUCUUUGCAGGGUAAAGACAGUCUUCUGAAUAAUCUCAACAGCGCGAUUGAGAAAGCCAAGGCGACAUUGAUAGCUAAUGCUGCUCUGUUCGCGGCCAGGCAUUUGCCUCCCUACAUUGAGGAGCUUCUGAUCCUCAUCAACUUCCCAAGUCGUCUCAUUCAGGAAAUUAUCCGUCUAAGAGUGGCAUAUGCAAACAAGAUGAGAGACCCAGCUUUCAAAUCUGCAGUCACAGCCGGUGCAAUGACAGCGGAGCAGAUGAUCCUACAGUUUCAGAUUUUGCUCCGGCUCGCGGUACAUAUCAAAGGAGUGUAUACCAAGACUGCCCAACCAGAGCCCGGAUGGGACCUACCACCCUGCAUUGACGACAAUUUUGACUCCAUCAUUCUCGAUGCACUCAAAUUCUACUUCAAACUUGUUGACAGGAAGCUCUCCGCGCACAAGAAUACCUUCAAAGAGGCAGAAAUUCUGGAACAGGAAUGGGAGUUUUCGAUGCAGCUUGGUCGACAGCUCGAUGGCGGUGAUGUAGAGGUUGCGGAACAAUUCUCCAGUCUCACAUCAAAAUCUAUGGGUCGUCUCGCCGCCAACUUCGAGCAGGAACUUUCGCGUCCUCCUGAUGAGGUCUCGGGCACUGGCGAGGUCGACAAGCGUUAUAAAGCACUCCUCGACUCUGUACGUGUGCGUCAGCGAAAGAUCUUCCGUUUCAGCCGUAUUCUCGCUCAGAAAUUCGAGAACGCGACCGAGUACGCAAUCAACAUCGACGAGGAAUCCUUCGAAGAUCUACUUCACGAUCUCAAGUCUACUGGUCACGUCCUGGUCGAUAUGCCUGGGGAUUCAGACGACGAUACAGAACCUGAGACGAAUUUCAGGCCCGGCUCAAAGAUGUACUUCAUCGCAAGUCCAUCCCUCAAGGAACGUCCUCGGGCUAUACAGAGCAUGCUCGGUACCUGCUACCAUGCGGAAGACGGGUCUGACGAUCCAAGUAACCCCUAUCUCCUGGUAUUGAAGCCCGAAUAUCCCAUCCACUGGGAAGGCGAGCGUGUGAAGGCCGUCCUGAGCACGUCAAAUGCCGAGAUGCUCUCCAAUCCGAACUCGCUCAAGGUCAGUGUUGGACGCAUGCGGUUGGUCGCUGAUGGCAGUCAGCAACGCUUGUCCAGCGCCAAAGCGGCUUUCCGAGCGUCGACUCGACAACUGCCGCUAAACACACUGGUGGAGCAGCGUGCCAAUUCGCCACGAGUGAACAAGGAACUGGGAAAGAUCAGGCAGACGGCCCAUCAAUUGUCCAAGACCAUCAUGGAUUCCGUCGCGAUCGUGCGAUCUCAGAUCGAAGCUGCGGGAACCAAAUGGACCUGCUUCGCUUUCGCCACAGAAUUCGGACAGCGAAGUGCCAUUCACAUGGACCAUCGAUUGACCAAACUUGCGCUUGAUUGGGUAUCGUUCAUUUGCGAUGAUUGCGUGCCUAGUGACCGGAAAACGUUCCGAUGGGCGGUGGUCGCUCUGGAAUUUGCUAUGAUCAUGACCAGAGGCCAGAACAUCCUCUCCAUCUCUGACGAAGAAUAUGCCAGACUACGACUCAAGGUAGCUGGCUGCAUGAGCUUGCUCAUCUCACAUUUUGACAUCAUGGGUGCACGCAGUAACCUUGCGGCACAGGCUGAACGGAUGAAGUUAGACGCAGUCAAUGGGCGGUUGAAGUUUGAUAUGGCCAAGGUGAAAGACGACGAGGAAAGCGCAAAAAUCGUGCGCGCACAGUGGCUGGACGAGCUCGAGAAGAUCGAUCAACUUCGCAAGGACAAGGAGGCGGAGCGGCAAGCCCUGGGCCGCGUACUGGAGGAUUCGAACGAAGCCGAUCGUGCCCUCACCUAUCUCAGCGCUAGCGCUGGCAAUGUCCACUUACGGUGGCAACAAGGUCAAUUUGUUGGAGGCGGCACAUUCGGUUCUGUUUAUGUUGCGGUCAACCUUGACAGCAAUCACCUCAUGGCUGUCAAGGAGAUCAGGCUGCAAGACCCGAAAAUGAUCCCAACUAUCAUUUCCCAGAUCCGCGAUGAGAUCGGUGUGCUACAAGGACUCGAUCAUCCUAACAUCGUACAAUACUACGGCAUCGAGCCUCACCGAGACAAGGUCUACAUUUUCAUGGAGUAUUGCUCUCGUGGUUCCCUGGCGUCACUCCUCGAAUACGGUCGGAUUGAGGACGAAACUGUCAUUCAGGUGUACGCCCUGCAGCUCCUGGAAGGUCUUUGCUAUCUCCACGAGGCGCACAUUGUCCACCGCGACAUCAAACCGGAGAACGUUCUUCUCGACCACAACGGUGUCAUCAAGUUCGUCGACUUCGGUGCUGCCAAGGUCAUCGCGAAGCAGGGCAAAACAGUUAUGGCCGACCGCCCGGACGCGAAGGGCGGCAAACAAGGUAGCAUGCAGGGCACACCCAUGUACAUGUCUCCCGAAGCCAUUAAGGGCGGUCACCAGCCUCACGCACGUCUUGGUGCUGUAGACAUUUGGUCUCUGGGCUGCGUGAUUGGUGAGAUGGCUACCGGCGCGCGACCAUGGGCCAGCUUGGACAACGAGUGGGCCAUCAUGUACAACAUUGCCAAUGGCGACAGUCCCACGCUGCCGACCAAGGAGCAACUCAGUGAUUCCGGGCUUGAUUUCCUUCGGCGCUGCUUUGAGCGGGACCCUGCUCGCCGGGCCAGUGCUGUUGAACUCCUCCAGCAUGACUGGAUCCAGACCAUCAAGGUACAGCUGAGUCUUGAGCCGGGAACUCCUGCGACGCCGGCAUCCGAAGUCAGUAGCUUCACAAGCGGGGCGUCCACGUACACACCAGCCAGCUCUGUCAACGGAGAUCGUUGA